AUGGGCCAGACAGCCUCGCAUGAGCCGCCGACGCAGUCGGAGCUCCUCGCUCGCUUCAGCAGCGUCGAGCAGCGCAUGCUGCUUCGCAACGCCUCCCUCCUCGCUGCUCAGGACCCGAGCCAGCCCGCAGUCUUCGGCGCGGCAGAGUGGGCUGGCGUGCACGCUUCGAUGGAGCCGCGGCUGGCCGGCGCGCUCUUCUGCGGCUUUGCACGUGGCGAGGCGGCGCUCGACUCGGCCACCGUGGUUCAAGGUCUUGUCGCACUUCGUGAGCAGCCGGAAUCUCGCCUGCUCUUCCUGGUUGCAGCCGCAGACGCCAUCGGCACAAGCGGAGAAGAGGAUCGGCUGCGCGUGCUGGUGCAGCUGCUUGGCAGCGCGGGCAGCGCGUGGCUCAAGGCGACCGCCGCGUGGCUGUCCGAUCACCGCCAGCUUCAGCCGCUGCCGGAGCUGGCCGAGCUGCCCGGUGGCUCGCUGCUGCUCAGCGCUGCAGAGCUGAGGCGUCCCUCUCCGCCACAGCGCCGCGGGCCCCUCGCCGCGGCGCUGCCUCCCGAGCAUCGCCGGCGCUGGCGCUGCCUCUUCUCGUCGGCUCGCGACGGCAGCUCGUUCACGCGCCUCUGCGCGAUGACGCUGGCGCGCGCGCCGUGCCUCCUCGUGAUUCGCGACGGCGCGGGGGCGAGGUUCGGAGGGUACAGCUCCGCGCCGCUGCAGCUGGGCCCGAGGUGGUUCGGGGGCAGCAACUCCUUCCUCUUCCGCGCCGACGGGGCGGGAGGCGCUGACGCGAGCCUCCCGACGAGCACAGGCGCCAACGCGAACUUUGUGUACAUGAACGCGCACAGGGAGAUGCUGCCCAACGGCAUCGCCUUUGGAGGCGACCUCGACUCGCGCCACUUCGGCCUCUGGCUCGAGGACAGCCUGGACACGGGCCGCGCGGAGGAGACCUGCUCCACGUACGACCUAUCGCACAGCCUCGCCUCCUCGGCCGGCUUCGCCGUCGACCACGUCGAGGUGUGGGCCGUCUGCGAGGGCGCGCGCAACCCGUGGCUGGCGGCCGGCGGGGAGGAGGAGGGCGGCGGCGCCACUUCCGACGCGCACAAGGAGACACGCGAGUUCCUGGCGCUCGCGGGGCGCGAGGUGAACCGCGCUCAGGCGCUCGAGCCAUUCCGCGAGGAGGAGGAGGAGGGGCGGCCAAGGGCGCCGGAGAAGUGGAUCUCGCCGGACCAGUGA